UGCUUGGUGGUGGCGAGGUCGGGGAUUUGGGCGCCUGCCGAACGGCUUCAUGGCGGCGGCAUCACACUACUACUGCUGCUACUACUGCUGCUGCUGCUGCUCGAACAGGUGCGGAGCCUGUCUGUGUUUGGUGUGGAGCUUGAAAUCUUCAUAGAGGAAUACGCGGGAAGCAAGGGGCGCAUGCCACCGCGAAAACACCGAAAGAAGAAUUCUCUCUACAUCGCCACCAUUGAGAAAGCCCACAGCCUGGUCAACGCCCUUCUAGAGGAGGGGCGCAUGAAGGAGAUUGGCCUGAUCGUUGUGGAUGAGCUGCACAUGUUGGGCGAAGGUGGCAGCCGUGGGGCCACCCUGGAGCAGACGCUGGCCAAGGUUCAGUAUGCGUCAAAAACAACUCAGGUCAUCGGUAUGAGUGCCACUCUGAGCAACAUCAAGGACUUGCAAAAAUUCCUGAAUGCGGAGUUGUACACUAACGAUUUUCGACCGGUCCAGUUAAGAGAGUACAUUAAGCUUGGAGACUCUAUCUACGAGGUAAACAACAAGGCUCGGUGUCCAGAAGAAAGCUUCAGUUUUAUCCGACUGCUCAGUCACAAGUACUCAAGCGCAAUGCUGAAGACGGACCCAGACCACAUCGUGGCUCUGGUCACGGAAGUCAUCCCCGCUCACUCCUGUCUUGUCUUCUGCCCCACGAAGAAGAACUGCGAGAAUGUGGCAGAGAUGAUCUGCAAGUACCUGGCAAAGACGUUCCUGCGUCACCGCGAGCAGGAGAAACAUGCGCUGCUCGCCGAGCUGCGGGCCGACGGGGAGCUGUGUCCCGUGCUGCGGCACACGGUCCCCUACGGCCUGGCCUACCACCACGGCGGCCUCACGGGCGAGGAGCGCCGCCUCAUCGAGGAGGCCUACUUUGGCGGCACGCUCUGCCUGCUGGCGUGCACCUCCACGCUGGCGGCCGGCGUCAAUCUACCGGCACGCAGGGUGAUCCUCCGCUCCCCCUACAUCGGCAAUUCCUUCCUAAGCCGAAGCCAGUACAAGCAGAUGGUGGGCCGUGCCGGGCGGGCGGGGAUAGACGCGUCGGGAGAGAGCAUCACCAUCGUCAACAGCAGGGACAAGCCCAAGGUGGUGACGCUACUUGUGGAUGGACCAUUUGAAGUUUGCCAGAGUAGCCUGGCACAUGCAGAUGGAAAAGGAGUUCAAAGCCUACUCCUGUCACUCAUUGGCUUGAAGAUCGCAACGGACAUCGACGCUAUCCAUCGCUUUUUGGAGACCACCCUGUUUGGGGUGCAGCAGCAGCAGGAGGGUGGUGGGAUGAAGAAAGUCAGGGAUCUGUGCCGGCACUGCCUGCAGCAGCUGCAGCAGGCGGGCCUGGUGAGGCUCUGCAGGAGGUCCGAGGGAGACGCUGCUGCACCCUCUGAGCAGCUGCUGGAGGUUACCAAGCUUGGUCAAGCCACAUACAAGGGAUCCGUCGAUUUGGCUUUUUGUACCGUGCUGUACCGAGAUCUAAAAGCGGGCGUUGAAGGCUUGGUGCUGAAUAACUACCUGCACCUCAUCUACCUGGCGACGCCGUACGACUUGGUCUCUCAGUGCAGACCGGACUGGAACACGUACAUGCGACAGUUUAAUCAGCUGGAUGUGACGGAACAGAAAGUGGCCACGGUCAUUGGUGUUCCAGAGAGCUUCAUCGCCAGGAAAGUAGCCGGACAAAGCACAAGACAGGUGCCUAGGAUGGACGACUGCCUCCCCGCGCCGACGAGCCUCCCGCCCGCGACCCACGACCCGCCCAGCACCCGCACCUCCAUCGGCUCUGCGGCGACGCCCUCCGACGGCCUCCUGGCGGCUCUGCGACGCCCGGCCCCGGGCGGGCCGACGGGCCCCGGCGGGCCGAGGGGCGCCCCCCCGGGCAGGCCGCCCUACGAGCGAGCGGACGGCCGCGUGAUGGAGUAG